UGCUUGUGUUGGUCUGAGCUGCACUCAAAACGUUGUGAGACCGAUGGCGGAUCUGGCCAGAGGCAGGUUCCUUGCUGAAGUGUCUUUGCCGAUCGCCCUCCUUGUGAUGGUUUACACAAUGGGAAUUGAAAAUGUGGAGGCACAAGAACGACUGCCAAAGCCGACCCUGACCGUGGAUCCCCCGUCAGGUGCUGUAACACUGGGCGACAAUGUGACACUCACCUGUGCAGCUCCACAACACACUCCUGGGAUGAGAUUCUUUUUAUACAAAGAUGGUGCUGAUCCAUUACAGGAAACAACAUUAGGAAAUGUACCUGAGGUUGUUUUCCAGAUCACAGGAGUCAACUUCCAGAAUAGCGGUGAUUACUACUGUCUGUAUGACAUUGGGAGUUCACCAGGUGGGAGCGCGAGAGCAUCAAAAGGCAGUGACAAUGUGAAGAUAACAGUUGAAGCUCCGCGGCCGGUCCUGUCCGUGUCUCCAGCCUCUGUGGUGAAGGGAGGCUCUGUCACGUUGACAUGUACAGCUCCCAGCUCGGUCUCACCCUCACAGUUUACACUGUACCGCGAGGAUCAGCCGGUCAGACAAUCACCACACACGGGGCUUGUUAAAGUCUUCGAGAUCAAAGCAAUAAACGCCUCAGAUGAAGGACGUUACCGCUGCAGAUAUCAAACUGCUCAGUCUGUGAAGUCGCUGCCCAGUCCCCGUGUGCCGCUCACUGUGAGAGAACCACCCGAUGUGUUGCUGAUAGCCGGUGUGACCUGUGCCGGAGCCCUGAUGCUGCUGGUCUUUAUUGGGCUGGUGGUAUUGUGUGUUAUGAAGAAAGCCAAGGCAAAGGGAAAUCAAGACAUCAGGUCCAAAUCAGAAGGAAAUCAAAAUGUGCAGCUUUAUGCCAUCAUAGAGCAGAAAUCGCUCCCCAAGGUUCCCUUAGAACUCUGGUAUUUUGUCUUCUUCUUGUACUGUGAAAACGGAAGCAAAGUAUUCAUUAAGUAG